UAAAAUAACCACCACAUUAUGCAGCAGCAGUCUCGUUUUGAUCAAUCUAGCACUGCUACUGGUGUGCGYGGUUGCUGAUCCAUUAGUGUUAGAAAGCAAGAAACUAUGCAACCAAUGUUCCAUAUGUGAUCAUAACACCAAAACAUGUCCACCAAGUGAGGCCUACCCCCAUAUGACCGCCUUUGACGACACGCUCAUCGCCGGUGCAUUGCAAUCCGACUACGUUAACGCAAGCGAUAGAGGCGUUUACUCAGUGCCCAACAUUCUGGGUGGUACUAGUGACUCCAAUGCCUAUUUUGGAUGGAAAUCUACCUCYGGCUCUGCUUCCGGAUUUCAUAGGUUCAGUAACUACAUGGAUAAAUGCUCAAAAGGACAAAACUACCUCACUGUCAACAAGCACGGCAAAGUGAGCCUUGAAUCCUUGACCUCUUUAGAAAGCUUAGCCUUUGCAGAUUGGAAAUCAAUCAACCCACCAAAGCACCUGAACCAUCGGGAGUUCAGAUUUUGGCUCUCUCGUGGCACUGGAAAAUGCCUCACGGUGUUUGGAGGGAAUACAAAGAAGCGGACAMUAGGCGUGGCCGACUGCAAGUUUGAUGGGGCAAAUAAGGGUCAACUAUUUGCGUUUCGCUUCCAUUAUCACAAUUCCUUUUGCUGUUGUGGUCGCUACAACAACUAAGUCUCUUCAAAAUGACAAAAGAAAGAGUUGAUAAUCUUUGUU